AUGGCGGCCAGAUCCGGGCCACGCAUGGGAGCCGGUGGUGUCCCGCCGAUGCGUAAAGGAAGCACGGGGCGGCGCGUCAGCGGAACCAUCGAGCACCGAGCUGGAAACGACACCAUCGAGGAUGACAGACCGCCACCGAGGCUGAUUGUUGUGGACGCGCCUGCCCACUACAAGUCUCCUAUCGCUGUUGUGUUCCGAGCAGCCAGAGAACUACAGGUGCACGACUCCUGCAACCUGGUAUUUGAGAUGCAUUUCCCAAUCGUCCUGAUUAUGGACUUCUGCUCACGUUUGGAGCGAUCUGAAUUAAAACAAGAAUUCUGUGGAGUCUGCUUGAAUCAAUUGUUCAUCUCUACAUUAACGAAUAGUGAGAUUACCAGAGCAUCCUGGGCCUCCGACUUCUUGAUAUGAUCACUGGAUUGUUCUUUAAUAUUUAACAACCAAGACUGUUCUUUCCUGCAAAAAAUAUAUUUUCUGUCAUGAACUACUAAUGUCACUAUGAUGUCUCAAAGAGCUUUCUUAUAAGUUUGUGGUUAUGCACAUAUACAUGAUCUGGUAAAGGGGGAGACAAUGCAAGUGGCAGAGAUAGAAAGGUAGAGGUGGAAGAAGAGGGUGUGGUAGAGGAAGAGAAAGUCAUGCCAAACAGAAGUGGCAGGGGUUGAGGAAGGUCAGGUACAAGCUGAAGAUUAGGAGGAAGAUUUACAACCCAGUGUUGAAGGAUGUGUCACAUUUUGUUUGGCCGUAGCUACAAUCCAAAAGGGAGAAAUGCAGAAGAAUUUGUUCAGACUUGAAACAUGUGUGAUCGAGGAGAGAGCAACACCCAGCAGUCUGCACUACACACUUGACAUAUGUACAAAGGUGAAAAUUUGCCCUUUUCUUGGUGCUUGUAAUUAUUGAUGUCUCAUGGUUAAGAUAAUAAGUAUGCACUUUGUGAUGCUUUUGUUUUGUUAUCUCUGAUUAGACCUUGUUCUGUGUCCAUGUAUAGAAGAAAAAUAUUUUUUGGGGCGUACUAUGACAUUUCUGUGCCAUGGCACAUUUGAUUUCAGUUUUUUUGGAGCAUACAGAUGUACACACCAUGAUAAUAUGCUUCUAAGCAUGUUCAAGAAAAUAACACUUAUGUUGGAUCA